AUGGCCGAGCGGAAGAGGACGUGGAACAAGGAGGACGACCUGCCCGUCUACCUGGCCCGCCCGGGCACCACGGCGCAGACCCCGCGGCAGAAGUACGGCGGCAUGUUCGCCUCGGUGGAGGGCGCCUACGAGAACAAGACCAUCGACUUCGACGCCUACAGCGUGGGCAAGAAGGGCGCCCGCACGCCGCGCAGCGGCAGCCGCCACGACAUGCUCGACGGCACCGCCGGCGACAGCUACAGCGAGACGGCCAGCGACGUCAGCGAGAUCUCCGGCUCCGUGAUCGGCUCGCCCGGCGGCGACCGCGACGACAAGACGCCCGGCGUGGAGAUCCGCGAGCCCCUCGGCAAGGAGCGCCUCUGGCUGCCCGGCCUGGACAACGGCAAGAGUGAUCGGCUACUCAUUAAAGGCGGACGGAUUAUCAAUGAUGACCACUCAUUCUAUGCAGAUGUGUACCUCGAAGAUGGACUUAUAAAGCAAAUAGGAGAGAAUUUGAUUGUUCCUGGGGGAGUGAAGACCAUCGAGGCCAAUGGGCGCAUGGUUAUUCCAGGAGGCAUCGAUGUCAAUACUUACCUCCAGAAGCCCUGCCAAGGGAUGACUGCUGUGGAUGACUUCUAUCAAGGCACAAAGGCCGCUCUGGCGGGAGGCACGACCAUGAUCAUUGAUCAUGUCCUCCCGGAACCCGGCUCAAGCUUAUUAACCUCAUUUGAAAAGUGGCACGAAGCGGCAGACACCAAAUCCUGUUGUGAUUAUUCUCUCCAUGUGGAUAUCACCAACUGGUACGAUGGGAUUCGGGAAGAACUGGACAUACUGGUGCAAGAUAAAGGUGUUAAUUCCUUCCAAGUCUACAUGGCCUACAAAGAUCUCUACCAAAUGACUGACAGCCAGCUUUAUGAAGCCUUCGCUUUUCUGAAAAGCCUUGGAGCUGUAAUCAUGGUCCAUGCUGAAAAUGGGGAUUUGAUAGCUCAGGAGCAGAAGCGGAUGCUGGAGCUGGGGAUUACUGGCCCUGAGGGACACGCCUUGAGCAGACCUGAGGAGCUCGAAGCAGAAGCUAUUUUCCGGGCCAUCACCAUUGCCAGUCGGAUCAACUGCCCGUUGUAUGUCACCAAGGUCAUGAGCAAGAGUGCAGCAGACAUAAUUUCUUUGGCUAGAAAGAAAGGUUCUCUUGUUUUCGGGGAACCAAUCACAGCCAGUCUGGGGACCGACGGGACACACUAUUGGAGCAAAAACUGGGCCAAGGCAGCCGCGUUUGUGACCUCACCCCCACUGAGUCUGGAUCCUACAACCCCUGAUCAUUUGACCUCACUUUUAGCCUGUGGUGACCUGCAGCUGACGGGCAGCGGCCACUGUACGUACAGCACAGCCCAGAAGGCAGUUGGGAAAGACAAUUUUACGCUGAUCCCAGAAGGUGUUAAUGGAAUUGAAGAGAGAAUGACCGUGGUCUGGAAUAAGUGUGUGUCCACAGGUAAAAUGGACGAGAACCAGUUUGUGGCAGUUACCAGUACCAGCGCAGCCAAAAUCUUUAACCUGUAUCCACGAAAGGGCAGGAUUGCGGUGGGCUCUGAUGCUGAUAUUGUGAUCUGGGACCCGGAGAAGGGGAAGACGAUCACAGCCAAAAGCCACAAGUCGGCUGUUGAAUAUAAUAUCUUCGAAGGCAUGGAAUGCCAUGGAGCGCCUCUCAUAGUCAUUAGCCAAGGGAAGAUUGUGUUUGAGGAUGGAAAUCUCCAUGUAAAUAAAGGAAUGGGCCGAUUCAUUCCCCGGAAGCCUUUCCCUGAGUACCUUUAUCAGCGCAUCAAAAUUAGGAGUAAGGUAACAGGAUUACAAGGAGUAUCCAGAGGAAUGUACGAUGGGCCAGUCUACGAAGUCCCAGCAACGCCAAAAUAUGCAACUCCUGCACCUUCUACUAAAUCGUCUCCCGCCAAAAACCAGCCUCCGCCAAUCAGGAACCUCCACCAGUCUAAUUUUAGCUUAUCAGGUGCGCAGGUAGAUGACAGCAACCCCCGUCGCACUGGGCAUCGCAUUGUGGCUCCCCCUGGUGGUCGCUCCAAUAUCACCAGUCUUGGAUGAGCUCGGCUGGAAAAGCCAGAAGGAAGGCAUGUGGAAAUAACCUGAUUUCCCUUCUAUGUCCGUGUUGUUGAACCCACAGUUUUAUUCGGUGCUAAUGAAGAAAAAAAAAUUGUCUUCUUUUCUCUCAUGGUUUAAUUUUCGCAUAGAAAGAAGUCGUCAUAGCGUGGUGUGUUUGCUUGGAACUACUAGCCUCACCGUUGUGCUUUCGUACCAUUCUCACCUUAAAGCAUGGUGCUUCCAUUCCCCCCACCCCCCUUAGCUGCUUUUCGCUUUGUCUCGUAAGUCCCCGAUGGUUCCUUUGCACCACCUUAGGCCCUUACCCCUUAGCUGUGCUAGAAUAGAUGAUGCAUGUGACUAAGUUAUUGAUGCAAGCUGCAGUUUGUGAGUGAGUCCAUUUUAGAACACGUUGCCAACAACAAUGAACGAGACAUGAUGCCAAGAGAAGAAAGGCCACAGGUGUAGGACGACGAUGGAUGGACGUUUCAAGAGUAUGCAGUAGACUAGGACCAGGCGAUUUCUGUUGAUGUAUGUUCAGUUCUUAUUGACCCCCCUGAGAAGCGUUGCCAAUGCAAACCUUAGCUAGGCCUAGUGGCCGCUGAUCCACAUAGUCCCUUCCGAGUCGGUGUCGGUGUUUGUUUCUAGGGAGAGCCACAACUUCACACAGCGAGGCUGUUGCCAUCUUGUUCAGGGGAUUUCCACAUUCGGGCAGUUGCACUCGACUUUGCAUGGAAUUUUUUUGUACUUACAAACAGUUCAAAGUUGCUGUUGGAUUUUUAAGGUUUUUUGUACAAAGUUUUUUCUCCUUUGUAAUCCACGUUCAUUUUUACUUAUGAUAAUGUAGCAGAUCUACUGGUUGUGGUUCAUUUUCUGAAUGGAAGGCUUGUGAAAUUAAAAAAAAGAUG